CAUCAACAGGGGAAAGCGUGCAUGCAGGAUCGAGGUAGAGUAGCUAAUCGCAGCUUUCAGCGGACACUAGAUGCUAUUUUGGUGUUGUUUGGAAACUCCGGCGCAGUUCUAGGCGACUAGAUAGAUAGCUCAGCACUAGUGUUUAUUCUGCCUCUACAACAACAAAACAAUCCACGGGACUAUGACCGACGUGUCGCAGAAGGAGGCUGAGGAGACGAGGCAGGCAGCAACCGACGAGGAAGAGCCGAUGGAUCCAUCCAGAGAGUCCCUUCGCUCCUCGACGCCCGUCAUUCUCCCCACCAUAAUGACCGACUCCCAGCGAAACACUCUCCUCGGGAUACCGGUAUCGGCAGGCAUCGCCCGAGACGCCACAACUCCCGUCGUUCCGGCUCCCUACGGGCCCGAAAAGCUCGUGCCUCGAGCUCCGGACACCCUAGUCGAGACACUGGACGAGACUACCGCACCUAAUACCGAAGAAGACGGAGAGACCGGGACUGACGGCGCAGAAAGAGCCAGGCGACCGUUUUGCCGGAGGCAGACCCGCUCAGUGCGGAUGGCCCAGAAAGAGUCGCGGCGCUACCGAGAGAGCAAGAAACUGUGGGCCGUUGCAGCUGGAGACUUUCACGGGAUCUACGGCGACGAGCUGACGCUCAAAGCCGGCGAGAAAGUGGAGAUUGUGUCGAAGGACGUCCGGGUGUCGAGAAACAUCGGGUGGUGGACGGGGAGAAACGAGCGGGGACGGUACGGUAUCUUUCCGGAAGGCUGCGUCAAGAUACUGCCCAAAGACGGAGACGGAGAAGAGGAGGUGAACAUCGAGACAGAAUAUCCGUUCAUCAUAUCGUGCUCCGACAUUGAUCUGAAAGAGGCGAUAGGAUUGGGAGGCUUUGGACGGGUUCACAGAGCCAUUUACAUGAAGCAAGAGGUGGCGGUGAAGGUGGCGAAGAGCACCACGUUCGACCUUGUCAAGGCCGCGCAGGACGUCAUAACGGAGGCACAGAAGUUUGCCAACCUUGCUCACGUCAACGUGUGCGCACUCAUUGGCGUGGUGCUAGUUCGCGACGUGUGUCUGGUGAUGGAGUACGCCCAGGGAGGGGCUUUGUCCGAGGUGUUACACAAGAAGAAGCUGGCGCUGCCCCUGGAGGUGAUCCUGGACUGGUCUGGCCAGAUUGCCAGUGGAAUGAACUACCUCCAUACAGAGGUGAAGCCUUCACUCAUCCAUCGCGACCUCAAAUCAGGCAACAUUCUGCUGGCCAACCAGAUCACUCCUAGCUACCUGUACCACAACACCAUCAAGAUCACUGAUUUUGGCCUCGCACGAGAGAUUGAGCACACGACGCAGAUGACCGGUGCAGGCACCUAUCCCUGGAUGGCCCCUGAGGUUAUCAUCUCUAACGACUUCUCCACCAAGUGCGACGUUUGGAGUUAUGGAGUGGUGCUGUGGGAGCUGCUGACUGGCGAGAAACCGUAUGGAAAUCUCAAUGCCUUUGUUGUUGCCUACGGAGUGGGUCGCGGGACUCUCAGCCUCCCGAUCCCCGCAGGCUGCCCCGAGUCUUUCCAGGAACUCAUGAGCGCCUGCUGGCAAAAGGAGCACACAAAACGGCCACCAUUCACCGAGAUCCUCGAUCGACUGAAGAACAUUGAGCUAGAGGAGUUCAUGUCUAGCACGAGUUUCGACGAUUUCCUUUCCAUCCAGAGCACGUGGAAGACGGAGAUACAGGAGCAGUUCCUAAAGUUCAAGAGAGAGGAGAGUGCGUUCAAGGAGCAGGAGCUGCCGGGAGACCUAGCCAAGAGGAUCAAGCAGCAGGAGGAGAAGAUUCAGCAGCAGCAGCACGAGCUGGAGAAGCUGCGGACGGACACGAAGCAGGCGCAGGAGGAGUGGCAGCGGCGACGAGAGCUGGAGCAGAACGAGGCGUUCCAGCGACAGAGAGAGGAGCUGGAGAGACUCAAGGAGAAGUUGAGGGAGAUGGAGAGGAGGAGAGAGAACAACCCUGCAUCUCCAGCACAGCAGCAGCAGAGCCGACCUCCUCGGGUGAAGCGAUUCUCUGCACGUCGCCUCCUAAAGUGGCUCUCCGGUACAGACAGCCAGAAGACCAGCUCGAAACUCCAGCAGCAAAAGUCCACCUCGUCCUCCAGCGCUGCAACCACUGCUCACCCCUCUGUACAAUACUCUACUGCCAGCGACAGACGAGCUUCACUCCAGCCUCCACGCAGGGCCACAAGUAACCCGUCAACUUCGCCCCCCGAGUCCCGCCGACCGUCUUCGUUAAUUGAUGAUGUCACCACGACGUCGUCCAUUCCUGGGAUGCUAGUUGUGAACAAACGUACCUCCCUACCACACAAGUUCAGGGAGAGAGACGCGGCGCCUGGGGCAGGUGUGGGGGAGGGGGGUCGGAGGGGGCCACAAGAGGCGGUACUCUGGCGGGAACAUUCCCAUGUCGCAGAUCGAGGGGUUUGGGCAGCCGACAAGCCCCACCCCCAUCCCCUUGUUCACUGCCGGAGGGUUGGGGUCCCACAUUCGGCCGUUCACGGAGGGGAUGCAGAAGAUGAUAGAUCGCGACGUGUCGCCGGGCGUUCGCAUCCGUUCUCUCUCACACCCUCGCUCCCCCUCUCCCAAUCCCCUGCCUCUUGGUGUUUCAUCACCAAAUUCUCCCAAGUCUCCACAGUCAACAAGCACUGCAAGUACUGCCCACAGCCAAUCGGCCUCAGUAGCCAGCGAAUUCGGCUCAAUUAAGAAACCAUCCAAUCUCACUCUGCAAAACAGGCACAUUGUGUCCUCCGACGACAGCGACCAGAACUCCCCCAUGAGCUACCCCUAUGUCUACGACUCGGGCAAAGAGAGCACGACGGGAUCAUUUCUGUCGAACCAGUCAGCAGCGAGUCACCUCAUAUCGUUCGACUCGCCCGGACACUCCAAGACUGAGCUGCCGAUGGCGAUGUUUGACCCACUCUAUCAGUCCUUGGCAGACGAGGCCCUCAAACAGCUGAAACAGACCACGUCCUACGACUCGCUACUCCAGGACCCCAACGGAGGAACCACUUCGGGAAACGUGAGCCCGUGCAUCUUCUCCACCUCACCCAAUCUCAAACGACACUCCUCACCGCGAGGCAAACACACCUCUCCUCGUUCCUCCCUCGUCGCACAAGACCCGCUGACGGCCGCAGCCUCAGCUGCUUCAGCAGUCGCCGCCGAAAUAAAAAACAGCCCCAUUGCCCGCCCACGCCCUCGUCCGGGGCAACUCAACUCUUACACCAGUGACACGGGCCCUCUUUGCCCCUUCUCUCCGGCAAACUACACGCGACCCCACCGUCACAGUGACGUGUCACCCUCGGGAUCAGUCCAGAGUCUCUAUGCAGCCAUGACGGACUUUGACUACGGAGUGGGAGGAGGGUUUCAGUCGGACACCUCGACCCACAGCAGUCUUCUGGACCUGCCUCACGGAGAUGACAUCACCGAUCCCCCACUGGUGCCUACUCCUGCCGAACUCGGACUCUAUUUCGAAUUCGACCCUUCGAAAUUCUAACCACCUUGUGAUUCUCAUUACCUCUUCUUACCAAAUCAAGUGUGUGUUUGUGUGUGUGUGUGCUUAUGUCUCAGUGUAAUGUUUUCGUGUGAUAACAUCUGUGCACGUAAUCCUUUUUCUAGCAUAUUAUUUUUACCACACUCGUGUGUACAUUCAUUCAUUAUACUUUUUAAAAAAGAUUUCUCCCACCCUCCACCUGGUUACAGGUGGUUUAAUGUGGCUGGCUGUCAUAAUUAUUAUUUCCCUGUUGGCCUGAAUCAGGUAUAAAUUUCAUUAUGUUUGAUCAAUCAAUGUCCAUUUGAUGAGAGAAUCACAAAGUGAAACGGGAAAUACAUUGCGUGAAUGAUCGAGGAAAGUUUGGUCAUGUCGUGGAAGAGAGGGGAGGAGGAAUGGCAGAAUGGCUGUCAUCACGAAUCACUUUUUUUGUCUGCAGAAGGAGACGAGAGCUAGUGUUUUGAAAGUGCACAAUAAAUUGAUAAACACAUCCUGGAUCAAAUUCCCUACUGAGUUCGCAUUCCAUUGUCAAUGUUUUGGUUAAUGAGGUAAUCACAUAAACGAUUGUCUCCCGGCCUUCCACUCAAUAGAACUUCAAAUUUGGCAAACAAUAGAUACCAAUAGAGCUGCAG